AUGAGUAUAAUGGAUGUGACAAGGAAGGAAACGGGAUCGGAAACUCGCACACAAGAAGACUCACCGAGAAUUACCAUGGUAGACCCUAAUGGCAAUGAAGUGCCCACACCUACAGGUUCGGAAUCUGCAGAAUCGGAACGUAAUGGCUCGAGGAGGGGGAGUGAUAGCUCCGAUACUUCAGUGGAGGAGGUCAAUUGGGAGGAAUUAGAGAAGACUGAGGAACAACAACCGAGGAAUCAGGAUUCUGACGAUGGCACCGCUUUACUGCUAGCAAGACUUGAGCAAGAAAAUAAUGCCAUCGCCUCGAAUCCGAAGUCCGGCAUUGCAAAAGUUCAGAAGGUUGAGAAACAACGAGCUCGGGCUCAAUCCAGACCACCAUCCAUACAACAUCUCAAGAAAUUAGUCAAUGGCCCUACACCUUCAGCCCUUCGAUAUUCCGUCACCCCUCCACCUCCUAUGACCGACCUUGAAUUCUACGCCGCACUCGUACAGGAUUACCCAAGGACUGCUCAAUAUUUGCCCACGUUAUUGUCGAAGAAGAUCAGGAGUGGUAUUCCCCCGCCAUUGCGCGGCGUAGUGUGGCAGAGUAUGUCUGGAGCUCGCGAUAGACUAUUGGAGGAACAAUUUGAUAGACUUUGUGGCGAGUCAAGUCCAUAUGAAGGAAUUAUUGGAAAGGAUCUAGGACGAAGCUUCCCUGGAGUAGAAAUGUUUCGUGACCCGGAGGGAGAUGGACAACGUAUGUUGGGGAGAGUUCUAAAAUGCUUCAGUUUAUACGAUCAUAAGAUUGGAUACUGCCAAGGCUUGGGCUUUCUUGUCGGUCCCUUGUUGAUGCACAUGGGUGAUAAACAAGCCUUUUGUGUACUAGUACGACUUAUGGAACAUUAUGACCUUCGAAAUUGCUUCUUGCCUGAUCUCGCUGGUUUACACGUUCGAAUACACCAAUUUCGAGAAUUGUUAAAAUUACAUCUACCAGCCCUAUCAGCGCAUUUAGAUGUAUUACAGGUUGAACCUGCAUACGUUUCCCAGUGGUUUUUAUCAUUCUUCGCUACUACUUGCCCAUUGCCGAUGCUCUUCCGAAUCUACGAUGUCAUAUUUGCCGAAGGUGCUUCGGAGACUAUUAUGCGGGUUGCACUUUCAUUGAUGAGAAAGAAUGAAACAAAGAUCUUGUCUUGUACAGAAUUCGAGGACGUGAUGCAAUUACUUCUGUCCAGGGGCUUAUGGGAUGUUUAUCAUUACAAUGCUGAUGAAUUUGUGAAUGAUUUCGUUAGUCUCACAGGGAUUGUGACACACGAAAGCCUUCAAAACUUAGAAGCGGGCUAUAGGGAGUCUCAGAUUGUUGAUACUGCUAUUCCUUCUGAUGUAGGUUCAGCAGCUUCACGAUUCCUCGGACGAUUAUGGGCUGGCUCAAACUCGUCCACGAGAUCGGCAAAUCUCACUCCUAGUCCAGGACUUAGCGCUCCAUCACGUCCCGUCAGUUUCUUGAGAAGAUCACCGUCGAAGCAGAGUUUAGCUUCUACAUUAUAUUCGAUGGAGGGGGGCAGUGGAUCAGAGAGUAUGCUUAGCACUUCAACGGAUGCGACAAGCGUCUCUCGAGAAUCGGCGAAUCCUGAUAAUGCCUCAAUGCGAGUUCAAUCUUUUGCCAGCGUCAGUGCUUCAAAAACUCCAGUUAACAAAGAUAGAAAUUUGCAUAGUCAAAUUGAAGAUCUCUUGAUGGCCCUCAGUGAGAUGCAACGAGAUCAUGCUAUACUUGCUACAGAAUUGCAAAGGGAGAGGGAGGAACGCGAAGAAGACAGGAAUGCUGUGCAACCACUGAUUCGUGCGUUGAGAAAGGGAGCUGCAGCAGGAACUGUGGAAGGCUCGGAAAGCGAUUUUAGUGAUGAGACAGUAAAAAUGGGCGUAAUUACAGAGGAAGUAAAUCCAAAUGAAGUCACCGAGGCUGAGACUGGAAAUCUUACGGUAUCCGACGUCGUUGACGGGUCAGGAAUGGAAGGAGUACCUACUUCAUCGAUUAAUACCGAGGACCUUUCUUGUCUACUUGAUAUUGUGGAAGAUCGUUUUCAAAAUCCUAUCGAAAAUCGGGGAUCUUCCAUGUUAUUGACGAGAUCUCAACUUCGAGAUGAACUCAGUCGAUCGAAAGAACAGCUCGUCAUUGAAACAUCAAAGUCCCAAGAAUUUAUCAGGCGUAUUGCUGAACAAGACCAAGAAAUCAGUAAUUUACGAGAUCAGAUCAGAGAAACUCAAGCUCAUGUUCGAAAUUCACAUCAAGAUAGACAAAGAUUGGAGAAACAGGUUUUUGAUUUGAGGAAUUCCAGGAAGAGUGCACAUUCACCUUUGGGGGAUCAUGAUGUUGAAUGGGGUGCUAAGAGUUCCACCACAGGAGGGCUUCGAGAACUUAAACUUGUUCGCUCGAAUUCUCAACGUUCAGUGGCUACAACUUACAAUAAACGAAGUUCAAGCCUCAUAUCUCAUCCACCAAAUUUCAAAGAAAACGAAAAUCCACGCGCCUCUACAUUCUUUGAACAGCAGCAUUCUUCCAAGCAAGAAGUAGAUUCUGAUUCAUUGGUUCUUGAACUUGUACAAGCAAAGACUGCUGAAGCAAUUGCUAAACAAGAAGCAGAGGAAGCUAAACUUAAAUUGGAGAGCUUGAAGAAAAUGUUGGCUGGGUUGCAAAAUUGUGAGGUUCCACCAACAGUGUUUGGGCAUAAAUCAAAUCCUAGUCUUGACAAGCCGGUGCCAUCGAAAACUUGGAGAAAUACAAUGAUGAAGGUAGAGACACCGAGUGCACCCACGAGUGCGCCUGCGGCAGCGGCACCAACAAGCGGAGGUGGAUUUUGGGGUUGGGGAAAGAAAUCAGCUGCUAGUACUGAGGGUAAAUAG